AUGUCACUCCUGUCCCUGAGAGAGGCGCUCAAUCGCUCAAAAGACAAAUGGAAGAAGCGUGCAAGCCGAGAUGCAUGGCAUGAGAUCAGAUCCUUGCUCGAUCAACUUGAAUUCGGCGCCGGGGUAUUUGGUCCACUCAAGUCGGUAAUCGGAUCUAUCAGACAAGCAAAGGGAAUACAAAGCACUACGGAACAGAGUCGUGUUGUGCUUAAGGAUAUAGCAGAGUAUAUGAAUAGUCCGAUGGUGUAUACUAUGACGGAUAGUGUGAAGUUGAUUUGCGCAAUUAAAGUUGUCGAAGAAAGGCAAGGGCAACGAACAGGAAGGAAAUUAGUAGAUGCGAUGGAUGGAUUGGAUAGAGUUACGGAGGGCUACGAACGAAUUCAGCAACACCUUGAACGCCUGACCCUAAAUCUGAAUCUGGGUAUGCUGAAAGGUAUAACCGAACAGGCGAUGGAGCUGAAGUUGACCAAGCUGUCGCCUUCCAUGUCAGCUAUUUACAACUCAGCCGAAUCUGACGACAUCAAACGAGGAAGCUGUACACCAGGGACACGAAAGCCUCAGAUAGAUUUGUUGCUCGAAUGGGCGCAUACCCCAGAUGCUGGAAAGACAUGCUGGAUGAACGGAAUGGCUGGAACGGGCAAGACUACGAUCGCUUACAGCGUCUGCAGUGGACUAGAAAAAGCCAGCCAACUCGGCGCAAGCUUCUUUUGCUCUCGAGUCAUACCGGAGUGCCGCCAGGUCAGGCGUAUAAUUCCGUCUAUCGCAUACCAGCUUGCUAGAUUUCUCUUCCUUUCCGACUCCGAUACUGUGAAGGCUGACAUUGCAACAUACCUGCGUCAUGAACUGAAGCACAUUCCGCUGGACGAUGCACAAUGGUCGAGCAUUAUCGCAAGCUGCGGGGUACUAUUCAUAUACGCAUCUACUACGUGUCGUUAUAUUAAAGAGGCACACGCCGUGGACACCCUAGACGAGGCCGUUAGCGCCAUUGUUGAUACUUCAUCGAAUGCCAGUAACCAAGAGGGGGGAAAUCCUAUCGACCAGUUGUAUCUCACUAUACUUACAGCGGCUUUUGAAAGUCCUCGAAUGAAUACGCCUAACAAGAUAAGAAUGCAGAAGCUACUGGAAACAGUCAUAUGUGUCGCAGAACCUAUAACUACGGACGCUCUGGCAGCGCUUCUUGACCUAAAGAGCGCCAAACAAGUGGAUGGGCUACUACAGCCCCUGCGAUCAGUGCUAAAUAUCGCACCAAUAACUGGACUGGUAGCAACUUUACAUGCAUCGUUUCCUGAUUUCAUGCUUUCAGAGUACCGCUCUGCACCGUUUCAUUGCAAGCCCGCAACCAGGCACCUAGCGAUCGCGGAAGCAUGUUUGCGGAUUAUUGACGCGACCGAGCCCAAGCACAAUAUAUGUGGGCUUUCCUCAUCUUACAUGUUUGACGAUGAAGUACCCGACCUGAAAGAGCGAGUUAUUCAGAACAUUCCGCUUCUGCUUUGGAUGGAGAUCAUGAGCCUAACAAAGCACAUAGGCUAUGGUAUGAUUGUCAUUCGAGACGCGGAGAAAUGGUGUUAUGAAAAAGCUGCGCCAGUGGAUAUAACAAAGCUGGUGCAUGAUGCAUGGGAAUUUGUAUCAGUAUAUGCCAACCACCGAUACGCCAGAGUACCCCGCAUAUAUACAUCGAUGCUUCCUUUCUGGCCUUCGUCUCGUCCGGUCUCAACUAUAUACAUGCCAAGAACAGCCGGCCUUGUCAAGCCAAAAGGCGCCUGGAUAGAGUCUAUUGGACUCUCGGCAGACGGAACUCGGCUCGUGGUACCCACCGAGGAUGGUAUUGACAUUCUUGAUACAACCACUGGCAACAGUAUACGCAGUCUCACCAAUGAGCACACGAAGAAUAUCCGUAUCGCAUGUGGCCUCUCCGACGGAGAUUUAUACAUACACGUGUUACAGCCAGAAGCGCGGAUUCUCGGUCCACUGAAGGGGCACACUAGGCAUAUACACUCAGUGGCAUUCUCGCCUGAUGGUCUGUAUCUCGCAUCCGGGUCAUGGGGUGAUACCAUCCGAAUUUGGAUGUACGAACUGGAAAAAUGGCCGGUCAACCUUUUGACAAUCAUGCCUCUUAUGUCUUAUCACUAUGCUUUUCUCCUGAUGGGUCCUGUCUUGCAUCGUCUUCUUCCGCCGCUCAGUAGGCAUCUUCGGAACCUGAAGUGUAUCGCCUUCUCCCCAAACGGCGUAUUAGUCGCCUGUGGAUCAGCAGACAAAACUAUCAGAGUCUACGAUGCACACACCGGCCAGACCGUUCUUGGUCCACUAGAGGGGCAUACCGAUGAGGUUGACUCGAUUAUAUUCUUCCCCGACAGCUCUCGCAUAUUCUCCUGUUCGCGUGACGGCACUAUACGCAUAUGGAAUGUAGAAGACUUGGCCACGGACGGAGCCGAUAGCUUGUCUACGAGUUUAGUUCUCCCUCAGCCUAUCUAUUCUAUCAGGUAUUCCCACGACGGACUACGGGUGGCGUCUGGUUCGGAAAAUGGGGACAUACAUGUGUGGAAUGCAGAGUCAGGAGAGCUGGUGCUAGGGCCACUGUGUGGCCAUAGAGGAACCGUUAGAUCCCUCGAUUAUUCAUCAAAAAACACGCAUAUCGCCUCUGCUUCAGCCGAUUACACGGUGCGAAUCUGGGACACAGAAACCGGGAAAGAUAUACAUGGACCAAUGCGGGGACAUACUGGACAGGUGGCCUGCGUUCGAUUCUCACCACAUGGCUCUAUCAUCGCCUCGGGCUCCAUUGACUACACACUGCGGCUAUGGGAUGUUGCGAGCGGACGAGAAAUCGCGAUGGCGAGCAGCCCUUGGACGAUGAGCACGAUGCAUUCGACGAUGAUGGUCUCACGCUCUAUUCCUCGACUGAGGCUCGUUCCCCGACUUUUCCCGCGUCUGGGAUUGCGUUCCACCGGCAAAUCCAACGGGAAGACCGUUCCCUCCGCUCGACACGUACCCGGCCCGACACAUCGGCCCGAACCCAGCCGAGGCAAAGCAGAUGCUCGCUGCUCUCGGAUACGACUCGAUGGACGCGUUUGUGAGGGAUACAGUCCAGAUUCGAUUCGUAUCGAUGCUCAGGCCGUCAGCGAACACUCUAUCCCCGCCCUCAGCGAGAGCGAGAUGCUCCGACGUGCAGAAGAGGUCGCCAACAUGAACGAAAGAAACGCAGCUUCAUCGGUCAUAUUGCGUAAUGUUCUUGAAAACCCGUCAUGGUACACCCCAUAUACACCAUACCAGCCCGAGAUUGCUCAAGGCCGUCUCGAGUCGCUUAUCAACUUCCAGACGAUGGUCUCCUCCCUCACUGGACUCCCCAUCGCCAAUGCCUCGCUACUCGACGAAGGCACUGCAGCGGCCGAAGCCAUGGUUAUGGCAUUCGCCCAGCACGGCCAGAAACGCAAAACGUUUGUUGUCGACCAAGGUGUCUCGCCCCAAAGCUUGGCCGUGCUGAGAACUCGCGCGGGAGGGUUUGGGAUUCGGCUUGUAGUCGGAGAUGUAGCCAAACUGAUCGGUGAGGGAGAGUCCCGGCAAUUCGGCAACGACUGUGUCGAAUUAUCCGACCUCGCCGGUGUGCUCGUCCAGUACCCGGAUGUUAAUGGCUCCAUUACCGAUUAUGCCUUGUUGAAGCACAUCAAGGAGGCCUCGUCUGGUCCUGCGCCUCUGCUUGCGUGUGCCACCGACUUGUUGGCCCUCGCCAUCUUGACUCCUCCUGGAGAACUCGGAUUUGAUAUUGCUUUGGGUUCCAGCGCCCGAUUUGGUGUACCGGUCGGAUACGGUGGUCCUCAUGCGGCAUUUUUCAGCGUUGCAGAUGCACUCAAGAGGAAGAUUCCGGGACGAUUGGUCGGAAGGAGCCGGGACGCAAAUGGACGCCCUGCAUAUCGUCUUGCACUUCAAACGCGCGAGCAACAUAUCCGUCGUGAAAAGGCAACGAGUAAUAUAUGUACUUCUCAAGCACUUCUCGCCAAUACCGCGGCGAUGUACGCCGUGUGGCAUGGUGCUGAAGGUGUCCGAGCCAUUGCCGAGCGGGUCCUUGGUAUGACCGCAGUUCUCGAUGGAAUUAUCAAGGUUAUCGAUGGGAUGGAGGUUCAAAACACCUCGGGCCACUUUUUCGACACCCUUACGAUCGAUACUGGCUCGGCUCAAAAAGCCGCCAAGAUCCACGCUGAAGCUGCCAAGCGUGCAUAUAACCUUCGUAUCGUGGACGAACGUACUGUGGGUGUAACAUUUGAUGAGAGCGUCACCGAGGAAGAACUAGCCGGUAUCGCAAACUGCUUCCUCAUCGCUGGAGGCCAAGCACCCAUCGCUUCAACUGAUCUUGCAUCAUUCGUCAAGGGCGGGAUCACUCCGCUCAUAGACGCCGACGCUGUAUCCCCCGCCCAUGCACCACAAGCCCAUUCCUCCACCUCUGAACUCCUUCAAUCCGUCCUUCGAAACUUCGUCGUUCCUCUCCCAUUCUGA